ACUACAACAAUAAUACGGAAGAGGUGGGAAUCAGGUGACACCACUGGCGUACAGCUGAAUUGUAGUUCUGACAGUAAAAACCAGACUGCAUUAUGGAGGACCAGGAGAUGCAACUGAAAGUCAGAAGGGUGACUGACAAGUUCACGGAGAGCAUGUACGUCCUGGCUAACGAGCCGUCGGUGGCUCUCUACAGGCUGCAGGAGCACGUCAGGAGGUCGCUGCCAGAACUAGUCCAGCACAAGACAGAUAUGCAGAGCUGGGAGGAACAAAGUCAAGGAGCCAUCUACACUGUAGAGUACGCAUGCAGUGCCGUGAAGAGCAUGAACAACAGCAGCUUAUAUUUCAAAAACAUUGACAGUCUUCUCCGUCAAGCCAUCAGCAUGAAGGAACAGAUUAAUAAUUCUCAAGGGCGCAGGAAAAGGACAAUGGACUCAGGCAUGCUGAAGGAGGUGGGAGAAAAGCACAGCUCUGGGAUGUGAUGCGACUUCCUAAGUUGGUGGCGUUGCCUUUAAAGUCUUGCCCUGCUACCUAUUGACUGUGGCUGAAGUGGGUUCAGAAGGGCAACACCUCCUCAUCACAAUAGAGUGGCUGCCUACGCUGACCCCCACCCCCCGUACAAGCCUCUCAGUGGAACAGAGCAUACCAGUGCUGCUAGGUCCAGCAUUAAAAACACUUAAGUCAUGGCUGCUCAAAGAAUGCAUUGUUCUGUUGGACUCACUGGUCGGUUCAGGGAGACAGCAGCACUGCCGUUUUGCCACUGCUGUUGAAAGUCCACUGCACAGCCAAUGUUUUUAAAGUUAGUUCUUUUUUUUAUGUGUUUGUUCUGUUUAACAUUUUGCCAGAUGGUACAACAUAUGCUUAUACAAAAAUACAGAUCCUUUUUUAUUGCUCAGGCUUACCUAUUAAAUAGACAGAAACC